UCAUUAACCUUUCCGCUCCGUUUAUUGCGGAAAUGCAAGAAAUGUGGCAGAAGGAAUGUCGAGAUGAAUCGCUUCGAUAACGCGUAUGAUGAUUGCGUAUUGGCGUGUGAAAAGUCCGACUGCAAAAGAAGCUUCACGACUUUCGUCAGUUAAUUGGCAGAGCAAAUCGAUAAAAUCAAUGCACAAUUCACUUGACACGGCCAACAAUUGUCCAUUAAAAUAGUUCAAUCGAUAUGCACCAACACUAAACGAACCGAAUCGAGAGAAUGGAACGCUACAAAACAUUCAUCCUCACAUUCAUAUCUGUAAACGGUAAUUAUUUGGCCACAAGUACCACGUACGGAAGACUUGCGAGUGCCGAUAACGUGAUCGUCGAAGAUCAACAGGCAUGUUGCUGGCAGAAAGCGACAGCAACCACGUUGUCGCCUCUUCAGGUUCGUCGCUAACCUUGAACCCCCAUUUUCCGGUUGGCCUCGGGAGAUGGGCCGGGAAGAGAUGAAAAGCGCAAAAGUAAAACUGGAAUCGCUUACCUCUGUGGCCGCGCCAUGCAAGAGAACCUGUUCGUUCGGUUGGUGCCGAGGGCGAGAUUCACUUCGAUCCAAUCUGAUAACUAAGGGCCAUAUUUAAUGCUUCGCACCGUGGGCCUCGUGCGAUCAGUAUUCAAAUCAAAAUGGACCGUUGCCUUCGCUGGACGUUUCUUGUGGUGGUAGUACUUUUUGUUGCCAGUAGUGCCUUUUCUGAAACAAUCGACGAUCCAGAGCUUCGUAUUUCAACGACGGUGAACAAGCAAACUGUGACAAGGACGGUCAGUUUUGGCAAACAAUUGGACGACGCCGUUUCCAUCGUUCUAGCAAGUGAAUUAGAGGAAAAUGUCCAAAGUAAUUGUGCGCCCGAUAACGAAAAGCUGGACUGUGGCGGGAACAGUUUGACGACCGUUUUUCCAACUGAUCCAACCGAUGCGAACACGGAUCUAACAACCGAAAGCGAAGAAUUAACGACGACGACGACGAUGAUGCCAACUACGACGAUGAUGCCAACUACGACGAUGCCAACGACGGAAAUUCCAACAACAAGUAGCACCAGUACAACCACAACGACAACUGCCGCGCCACUAAACCGUGGACGGAUGGAGCGUUUUGGUGGCAGAAGAAGUGGUGCUUCGGGGGCUCCAACGGUUCGUGCGAGGAAGUCGACCACGGUCAGCUCUCGGAUGAUACAAAGCCGGCGUGGUCUGUUUAAUCCGGAGCUGCGAAAUCGCUACUUGGGACGGUUCCGCAGCACCACGGAAGCUGGGGUCGGCAGUUAG